GUGGAGCUGCUGAUACAGUCAUUAGCGGAGGACGCUAUUGUAACAACCUAUGCUUUAAAAUGUAAACCGUGGGGCGUUUUCCUUGCGUAGUCCAGAAGCAGCUUUCUCGUGUGUGAGCCUGGAUUAAUCAUGAGAGAGUUUGUCAACAUUCCACUGGUUCAGAUUCUCACCCUGGUGGCCUUCAGCAGGACUGAGAAACUUCCAAAAGCUCCUGUCAUCACCACUCCUCUUGAAACUGUGGAUGCCUUAGUUGAAGAAGUGGCUACUUUCAUGUGUGCAGUGGAAUCCUAUCCCCAGCCUGAGAUUUCUUGGACCAGAAAUAAAAUUCUCAUUAAGCUCUUUGACACGCGGUACAGCAUCCGGGAGAAUGGGCAGCUCCUCACCAUCCUGAGCGUGGAAGACAGUGACGAUGGUAUUUAUUGUUGCAUAGCCAACAAUGGCGUGGGAGGUGCUGCGGAGAGUUGUGGAGCCCUGCAAGUGAAGAUGAAACCUAAAAUAACUCGUCCUCCCAUAAGUGUAAAAAUAAUAGAGGGAUUAAAAGCAGUUCUACCAUGUACCACAAUGGGCAACCCCAAACCAGCCGUGUCCUGGAUCAAGGGGGACACCACUCUCAGGGAGAAUUCCCGCAUUGCAGUCCUUGAAUCUGGGAGCUUAAGAAUUCACAAUGUGCAAAAGGAAGACACAGGUCAAUAUCGAUGUGUGGCAAAAAACAGCCUGGGGACUGCCUAUUCCAAACUGGUGAAGCUGGAAGUUGAGGUUUUUGCCAGGAUCCUGCGUGCUCCUGAAUCCCACAAUGUCACUUUUGGCUCCUUCGUGACCCUGCGCUGUAUAGCAACAGGCAUCCCUGUCCCCACCAUCAGUUGGAUUGAAAAUGGAAAUGCUGUUUCUUCUGGGUCCAUUCAAGAGAGUGUGAAAGACCGAGUGAUUGACUCAAGACUGCAGCUGUUUAUCACCAAGCCAGGACUCUAUACAUGCAUAGCUACCAAUAAGCAUGGAGAGAAGUUCAGUACUGCAAAGGCAGCAGCCACCAUCAGUAUAGCAGAAUGGAGUAAACCACAGAAAGAUAACAAAGGUUACUGCGCCCAGUACAGAGGGGAGGUGUGUGACACUGUCCUGGCAAAAGAUGCUCAUGUGUUUUUCAACACCUCCUACUCGGACCCUGAGGAGGCCCAAGAGCUACUGGUCCACACUGCCUGGAGUGAGCUGAAAGCCGUGAGCCCAUUCUGCCGGCCGGCUGCUGAGGCUUUGCUCUGCAACCACGUCUUCCAACAGUGCAGCCCUGGAGGGGUACCUACGCCCACACCCAUUUGCAGAGAGUACUGCUUGGCAGUAAAGGAGCUCUUCUGUGCAAAAGAAUGGCUGGCGGUGGAAGAAAAGACCCACAGAGGACUCUACAGAUCUGGAAUGCACCUCUUCUCCAUGCCAGACUGCCACAAGCUUCCCAGCAUGCACUGGGAUCCCAUGGCGUGUACCAGGCUGCUACAUUUAGAUCAUAAAAAAGAAAACCUAACAACAUUCCCACCAAUGACAUCCUCAAAGCCAAGUGUGGACAUUCCAAAUUUGCCUUCUUCCUCCUCCUCUUCCUUCUCUGUGUCACCUACGUACUCCAUGACAGUCAUAAUCUCCAUCAUGUCCAGCUUUGCAGUAUUUGUGCUUCUUACCAUAACUACUCUUUAUUGCUGCCGAAGAAGAAAAGAAUGGAAAAACAAGAAAAGAGAAUCGGCAGCAGUCACCCUUACUACACUGCCCUCUGAGCUCCUGCUAGACAGGCUCCACCCGAACCCCAUGUACCAGAGGAUGCCACUCCUACUGAAUCCCAAGUUGCUCAGCCUGGAGUAUCCAAGGAACAACAUUGAAUAUGUGAGAGAUAUUGGAGAGGGAGCAUUUGGAAGGGUCUUUCAAGCAAGGGCUCCAGGCUUACUUCCUUAUGAACCUUUCACUAUGGUGGCAGUAAAGAUGCUCAAAGAAGAAGCUUCAGCUGACAUGCAAGCAGACUUUCAGAGGGAGGCAGCCCUUAUGGCAGAAUUUGACAACCCCAACAUCGUGAAACUUUUAGGUGUGUGUGCUGUUGGGAAGCCCAUGUGCCUGCUUUUUGAAUACAUGGCCUACGGUGACCUCAAUGAGUUCCUGCGCAGCAUGGCUCCUCACACCGUGUGCAGCCUCAGUCACAACGACUUGUCCAUGAGGGCUCGAGUAUCCAGUCCGGGACCCCCGCCCCUCUCCUGUGCAGAGCAGCUUUGCAUUGCCAGGCAGGUGGCAGCUGGCAUGGCCUACCUCUCUGAACGUAAGUUUGUCCACCGGGAUUUAGCCACCAGGAACUGCCUGGUUGGUGAGAACAUGGUGGUGAAAAUUGCAGACUUUGGCCUCUCCAGGAACAUCUACUCAGCGGACUACUACAAAGCCAAUGAAAAUGAUGCCAUCCCUAUCCGAUGGAUGCCCCCAGAGUCCAUAUUCUACAACCGCUACACCACGGAGUCUGAUGUGUGGGCCUACGGUGUGGUCCUCUGGGAGAUCUUCUCCUAUGGCCUGCAGCCCUACUAUGGGAUGGCGCACGAGGAGGUCAUUUACUACGUGCGAGAUGGUAACCUGCUCUCCUGCCCGGAGAACUGUCCUCUGGAGCUGUACAAUCUGAUGCGUCUGUGCUGGAGCAAGCUGCCCGCAGAUAGGCCCAGUUUCCCCAGCAUCCACCGGAUUCUGGAACGCAUGUGUGAGAGGGCAGAGGGAACUGUGGGCGUCUAAAGUGGAAGAUGUUCAGAUACAACACUGAAGUUUCCUCUCAGAAUUCCUUCAGCCAGAGGAAUCCUCCACCAGAGGCCCAACAAGACCCAGAUAGGAAAGGAUGGCAGUUGACAUCAGGAGGCUGUGUUUAUUUCCCAGGAGAAAGUGCAGUUGCCCAUGUGGUAGGCAGACACAUUCAAAUGACUGAUUGGAAACAUAAGGCUAGG